UUCGGCGUUGACUCGGGUGGUGAAUGUGGCGUACCAACCAGCAAACGCUUUCGCAUGCCCCAGAACUCCCCCAGCAGCAAUGGUGUCUUUUGGUAUUCCUAUGAUUACGCAAGUGUUCACACCACUGUAAUUUCCUCGGAACAUGAUAUGUCGGAAGGAUCGACACAAUUCGCGUGGUUACAGGCUGACUUGGCGUCGGUGAAUCGCUCGCUGACACCAUGGCUCAUCGUGGAGUCUCACCGUCCUAUGUACGAAGGAGAAGCCAUUUGGGAACAGAACGCCGUGGGUAUCGCAAUGCGGUACGAAAUAGAAGAUUUGUUGCAGGAGUUUCAGGUAGACUUAUUCUUGGCCGGCCACUACCACGCCUAUCACCGAACCUGUGACGGUCUGUACAAAAGCGAAUGUGAAGCAGGAGGUCCAAUACAUAUAACUGUGGGAACAGCCGGGGCCGCCUUGAGCGACUCGACUUUAUACGACAAUGAAUGGACCGAAGUCUUUAUCAAACAAGACUACGGCUAUGGUCGGAUUACGGUGGCCAAUUCGACUGCUUUGUUAUUUCAAUUUGUGAAGGCAGGGGAUGAAUCUGAUACAACCUCAGGAGUUGUCCGUGACAGUGUCUGGAUUUUUCGCGAUCGAUGAAUCAAAGUGGGGAGGCAUUUCAUCUUCCGGCUUUGUCAGCGUUUUGAAGUGUGUCUUGAUCUCUUUACUGUCAAAGGAUGCAAAGACAUUCUUUCAUCAAUCUUUUGUACUGACUAUUUUUGGGGCCGCCUUGAUGGGGUACAACACACAUGUCUCG